GAGCAUAUUAUACAUGUAUCACACACCCUGAUGUCAUGUUACAACUGAAUAUCACUUCUGUGUAACCUAAAUAAGAGCAUUUUCCAUAAAUAGUCAAUUUUACUGCUUUAAGGGAAGUUGAUUUAAGGGACAUAAUGUAUUUGUAAUACUGAGAGAGGGAGGCAGAGAGAGAGAGGCAGAGAGAGAAAGAGAGAGAGAGAGCAAUUGGGCGAGAGAGCGAGAGGAAGUUUGUCUUCCUCUCAUCACUGGAAGAUCUCACACUUCACCUCUUCAACAACGGAGUGAGCAAAUAUGACGGAAAUUUAAAAGUAAGAUGUUGAGUCCAUCGAGUCCAGCCCAGAAGAACCUCGGUGACGAGGACAGCUCUGGAUCGGAUGCAGGAUCAGAGGCUGGUCUGGAACCUGAGACAGACCGGUUUGGUUUCAUUGUGACCAAUGGAUCCACAGCAGGGAGUGUGGGCCCACCCCCUGAGUUGGUCAGGCAGAGGGAGGCCAAAUGGAUAAACAUCAUUGCCCAAUGGGAUCGCAUCUUGUUGAAGAAGACCAGUAAGGUCAAAGUGCAGUGUCAGAAAGGCAUCCCGGCCUCGCUCAGAGCUAAGUGCUGGCCUCUGCUGUGUGGCGCUACCGACAGGAUGAAACAAAGCGAAAACCUCUACCAGUCUCUGGACUCACAGCCCGCUCUGCAGAGCUGGGUGGAUGUGAUCGAGAGAGACCUGGACCGACAGUUUCCUUUCCACGAAAUGUUCCUUUCCAAGGAUGGACAUGGGCAGCGUGGUUUGUUCCGGGUGUUGAAAGCCUACACUCAGUAUCAACCAGAAGAGGGUUACUGCCAGGCACAGGGGCCCGUGGCUGCAGUGCUGCUGAUGAACAUGCCAGCUGAGGAGGCCUUCUGGUGUCUGGUGCAGAUAAGUGAGCAGUACCUGCCUGGAUACUACAGCCCUCUGUUGGAGGGAGUCCUGUUUGACGCGGCCAUGCUGACCUGGGUGUUGAAAAGGACAUGUCCAGCUGCACACAAACAUCUGCAGCACCACGGGGUGGAGCCCCUCAUGUUCGCCACUGACUGGCUGAUGUGUCUCUUCACACGUCACCUGCCCUUCAACACACUGCUCCGGGUCUGGGACCUCUUUUUCUGCUAUGGAGUGCGGGUGCUGCUCCAGGUGGCGGUGGUGCUGGUGCGUCGGGUUCUGGGCCGAGCUGAGCAGAGGAAGCAGUGUCAGGGUCAGAUGGAGACUCUGGAGAGGCUGAGGGGAGUCAGGGAGCAGGUCCAAGAGGAAGAUGACUCCUUCAUAGCAGAGGUGUGCUCUGUGCCACUGUCAGCCAGAGAUCUGGAUAAGCAGACGGAGAAGGAGUUAGAAAAGUGGAGAAAAGACAGACCCUCAUCCACCUUUGACCCCAGAGGUCGCUGCUAUGGAUACCGGAUGGCAUGGGCGAGGGCUCGACAGAACGAGGAAGAACGGAACAGGAAAGAGAGAGAGAAAGGGAACCUGUCCAUCCCUCUUGCUCGCUCUGCCUCCACUCUCUCGCUGUCUCCCUCCAUCCUUCACAAGAAGUGGAGGAAAGGGGGAAAGGUAAACGCAGGCGAAUGGGAAGGCGGCGGCAGAGUUGUAAGGCAUCUCUCGAUGGGAGCAAAGGAGGACUGGAGCAGCUGGGCUGAUAUACGUUUUAAGAAGGUACAGGGCGUCCAGGAGGAGGAGGACACGGUUUCAGAAGAACAUGAAGAACAGAAUAAGCCGAAACAAAGUGAACAGAAAGAAACUACGAAGAUGGACACAAUCCAAAACAUACCAACGGAGCAUGUAGAAGAAACAGUUAUAGUAAAAGAACAAGUAGAAACAAGAAUCACAGAAAAGGAGGAAAGCCAACACAAAGAGACAGAGACAGAGGAAAGCAAAAUGCUUUCAGAACAGACAGAAGAAACCAAUGUGGAGACAGAACCAAACCAAGGUCCAGCCAAACACCAGACUGUUGAUAAUAUUCUUCAGCAGGGCGAGGAGCUGGAUUCUUCCAGCCCGUCACAAGUCCUGGAACAGCAGAGUCACAAAAGCAAAGACCAGGACAUUGAGGUCAAAGACAAAAAUAAAGAGACAGAAAUACAAGAGGCAGAAAGUGAACCUACAGCUGCUGUGCAGGAACAUCAGACUGAGACACAGAAAGAUCCUGAAGCAGAUACAAACACAGAGGUGGAGACGGAAGAAAGUGUGGACCCAAGUGAGGAACAGAUGAUUCAGGCCGACAUGAAACCAGAGGAGAGCUUAGAAACUGAAAAUGUGCAACAGACGCAGGUGGACACAGUCACAGAGGUCUCAGAAACAGCGACUGAGACAAGCCCCGGCUCACAGACAAAUGGUGAGGCUGAAGCUCCAACUGUCAAAGAUGCUACAGUAGAGACAGAGAUACAAGAGCAACAGCAAGAAGCGAUCACAGAGACACAAGAGCAACAGCAAGAAGCGAUCACUGAGACACAAGAGCAACAGCGAGAAGCGAUCACAGAGACACAAGAGCAACAGCAAGAAGUGAUCACUGAGACACAAGAGCAACAGCAAGAAGCGAUCACAGAGAUACAAGAGCAACAGCAAGAAGCGAUCACAGAGACACAGGAGCAACAGCGAGAAGCGAUCACAGAGACACAAGAGCAACAGCGAGAAGCGAUCACAGAGACACAAGAGCAACAGCAAGAAGCGAUCACAGAGAUACAAGAGCAACAGCAAGAAGCGAUCACAGAGACACAGGAGCAACAGCGAGAAGCGAUCACAGAGACACAAGAGCAACAGCGAGAAGCGAUCACAGAGACACAAGAGCAACAGCGAGAAGCGAUCACAGAGAUAGACAACAGCUCACAGGGAGAUGCAUUUGAACAAAAAUACCACAGCACUGAGUCAUUAGCAGAAACAGAAUUGAAAGAAGAGCCACACACCCAAACAGAGACAGAAACUGAUGUACUGGCACAGAAUCAGAAGCAGGUGGAAAAACAUGUAGCGACAUCGGACGAACUGGACGCUGAAAUAGUACAAAUAGACUCAGAACAAAACACUGAUUCAAGUGUAGAAGCAGAAGCAAUAAUACUGUGUUCACCUGAAUGUGUCCAACCAAAAGAAGGUGCUGACCUAGUGGUUGACACAGAGAUUGAAGUAGAAAUACCAGUUUCAAACGACACAGUGACGCAGUCAAGUGAAGCAUUUGCUCAGUGUUCAGAGAAAGUGGUUAACGCAGCAGCAUCUGAACCUACAGAGGAAGAAGGAGAAAUUCUGACUGCACACUCAGAGGGUGACAAUGAUGAGACACAAGCAAAGGAAACACCAAUAGAAACUCAGAUGAAAGAGGAGACUACGGACUCCACUGAACCUUCAGCACAGGCUGAGGCAGUGAAUCCCACCGCCGAGCCUGAUGGGGAAAAAAAUUAA